UUUUUUUUUUUGUCGAUCUUCUUUGCUCUAUUAGUUAAAUUUUUUGAAAAAACGAUGUCGUGGUUCAGUAACUAUCUUUUCGGUGAUUAUUCUGACGAGUCGGUUGUUCCUGAUUCUUACGAGGGGACCGCUAUUUCUGACUCGUUUGAGAAACCGGUGUCGUCCAACUUGAGGGAGACAGAGGUUGUAUCUGGCAUUCGUUAUCGUGAUAACACGGUGCAGCUGGAUUUGAAUACCCCUGUGGAGGACCAUUACGCACAACAAGGUUAUUCGAAUUUCGGUUACGGUGGCGAGUAUAGCUUUGUACAGCAGGAGUGUUAUCCAAACGACAGUUACGGUUGUCAACAAGGUUAUUCGAAUUUCGGUUACGGUGGCGAGCAAAGCUUUGUACAGCAGGAGUGUUAUCCAAACCAGAGUUACGGUUGUGAACAGAGCUUUGAACAUCAAGUCUAUUCGAAUCUCGGUGACGAUGGUGAGCCGGAGGAUGUGUCUGUUGACGAGGAAGGUUGUUACCCGGUUACAUUUUCGUUUGAUACAACGCAGACCUUUUCGUCACGUAAAGAGUUGGUGCGUUGGGUACAAGACACGGCAAAAGACAAUGGUUACCUCAUUGUGACAAAGAGGUCGAAUAAAAGAGGAGAGAAUUACAAGAUUUGGUUUCAAUGUACUUUUGGUGGGGAGCAUAAGAGUGUAGCUACACAGAGGAAAACGGGUAGCAAGAAAAUAGGCUGCCCGUUCGAGAUGAUCGGGCUUUCGGAAUCAUCCGGAAGUGUUUGGAGGAUCGAGGUGACGAAGGCGAAGCAUAACCACACUCCUAUUGAAAACUUCGAGGGUCACGCGUAUGCGAGAAGGCUUUCUUCAGAGGACAAAAAACUGGUUAAGGAGUUGGCAGAGCAAGAUAUUCGCAACCAAAGUAUUUGGCGAACGCUGACAAAAAACAAUCCGGCUAGAAAGCUUAUUCCGAAAGAUAUACACAACGCUGUUCAGAAGAUCAACGUCGAAAAAAAUGUCGGUAAGUCUCCGAUGCAAAAACUUGAAAACAUUCUUAUCGAAAAAAAUUACACUUAUUACAUGCGCACGAAUGAGAUAUCGAACGAAGUUGAAGACGUCUUCUUUGUUCACGAAAAAUCAUUCACUAUGUGGUGUGCCUUCCCGCAUGUGCUAAUGAUUGACGCCACAUACAAAACGAACAUGUACAACCUGCCAUUUGUUCAGGUCGUAGGCAUGACGUCGACAAACAAAUCGUUUACGGCUGCUUGUGCUGUAAUUUCCGCCGAGAAGUCAGAGAACUACCUAUGGGUGUUGCAGAGGAUCAAGUCUAUGCUGGCAGGAUGUAUGGAACCGCGCGUGAUUUUAACAGACAGGGAUUUUGCGCUAAUGAACGCGUGUGAACAAGUUUUUCCAAAAGCGCAUAAGUAUCUUUGUCGGUUCCAUAUUCAACAAAAUAUUAAUAAGAACAGCAAGAAGAAAUUCUCUGACAAGGAGUGGAAAGAAUUCGUACGUACAUUUUGGACAUUGUGCGAGUCUACGACCGAGGAAAUAUACAUGUAUAACUUGGAAAACUUUGAAGCACAACUGAAAGAAGCUGACCGUGAACAGGUUUAUGAUUAUAUGAAGAAAUCUUGGUUGGAUCCGUACCAUGAAAAGUUUGUAUCUUGCUGGAUUAACCAAACUAUCAACUUUCACCAGACUACGACCAACAGGGUUGAGAGCAUGCAUGCAACAUUAAAAAGUCACUUUCCAAGUCAUCGCAACACACUGGAUAAACUUGUACUGUAUGUUGAUCAUGUUGUUGCUAAACAAUACGCCGAGAUUAGAAGUACCUUUGAAACAAGCCUCCGAAAAGUGAUGACGCACCACAAGAAGCAGCCCAUGCUUGCAUAUAUUCUCAGAAAGGUUUCAAUAUAUGCGAUUGAGCUUUUGAGUAUGGAACUAAAGCGUAAGGAAGACGGGUUGAGAGCCUACGGUGCAAGCUGUGGUUGCCAACUUUUUACCAGCUGUAGUUUGCCAUGUGCCUGUCGUUUGGAAAAGUUGGAAAAUAAAGGUCAGCAAAUCCGGAUCACACACAUAGACGUGUUUUGGAAGAAGCUUGACUUCAAGCCUGCAAGGAAUAAAAUAGAGGAUAUUGAUGUAGACGCGGAAUUUGAAAAAUUGAAAAAACAGAUCGAUCCAACACCCCCUCAAGUGAAAAGGAGCUUCUUUGAAAAGUUUCAGCAAAUCCUCAAUCCAGGGAACAGUAACAAAAAACCUCCUGCUGUUCUGAAGAAAACUCGUGGUCGACCAACAUUGAAAACGCAGGAAGAAAGAAAGGUUGAAGCUGCUAGACAAAGCUCUUACAUUCCGUCAGAAGAAACUUGGGUCGAUGCCUCAGACGAUCUUCCCCGUCACAGCUCGUACAUAUCAGCCGAAGAUUCUUGCAGAGGAAAGAAUACCAAACCGCUCAACCUACACCCUGAUUUCCCGAAUAUCAAGCUCGGUCCUAAGACGGAUAUAGCGAUCCGCAACUACGCAUCUCAGAUUCCCAAAGUGAUCCAUCCAUACAUCGUUAAAAUAAAGGACGUGAAACCAGAUGGUCAUUGUGGAUUUAGAUCGGUGGCUGUUGGGUUAGGAGUGAAACAAAAUUCAUAUUUGAAGAUCCGGGAACAGCUUCUAAUGGAGUUACGUAUGAACGAAUCGCUUUGGAGGCAGGUUUUCGAUCCGGAAAAUGUAGGACAUUAUGAUGCGCUGGUUAAACGGAUCGAUUUCAAGGGGGUGGGACGAGCAGGUAUCGAAAAUUACAUGUCGAUGCUUGAGACGGGGUUUCUUAUUGCCCAACGAUACGGUGUGAUUGUUCACACCUUCGACAUUCGUGGGAGCGAUACAAUUUUUCCUAUGCUGGGCGGCCCAAACGAAGCUGAGGAACCUCACCUGGUAGUUGCGGUUGUGUUCGUCGACAAGGGGCAUUUCAUACAUGUAGAGCUUGGAGGUUGUUAUCCAAUGCCUCCCCCAAACCUACUCUGGACAGCGAACAGAACAGAGCGCGCAGCAGCCUGGCAUACAUUAUACAUGGAUCAGAUCAACACGUACGAAAUGCUUACGUAUCGUGCCCCUGACCUUAAUGCAACCCCAUAUGUUCACGGUGUAUCUUAAAUGUGUUUAAUAAUAAUCACGUUUGUGUUUGUGUAUCUUAAAUGUGUUUAAUAAUAACCACGUUUGUGUUUGUUCAA